AUGUUCAAUUUAUUUAUUGUAAUUAUUCUUUGUCAGGGAAUAUCAACAAAUGCUUUGACUAGAAUUAAAUCUCAUACGUAUCCACCUUCAUGUCGAUGUGAGAAGGGUGAACGUGGAGAAAAAGGCGAUCCGGGUAUUUGUCCAGAAAAUUGUAUUUCGAGAGAAACUACAUAUCCAAAUGAUUGUCUUGGCUCUCACAUACAAUUACAACAUCUUGCUCAAUCAAUUCGGCAAUUAAUUAUUGAUACAAAACAAACAGCCAAUCGAAAUGCUCGACUAACUUCUUGUACAUGUCCUGCACUACCAUCAACAACAACACCAAUCACACUAUCAACAAGAUUAAAUCCACUUGAUAUUGACUACAAUAUGUAUAUGCAAUUGAAAGGAGACAAAGGUGAUAAAGGUGAUGUUGGUACAUCUUGUAUAUCAAAUUGUCAACAAUCAAAACAAUUAAAUAUACGAGUAUUUCCAACAUUAAAAGCAGCAAUGGAUGCAUAUUAUGAUUAUCCGGAUCAUACAUAUGUUCAUAUUGUUAAUGAACGUGGUCGUUUACAAAGUGUGUUUAUUCGAGUUCAUCAAAGAUUAGUACCAUUAGGAUUAGAGAUCGAACAUGCAAUUCCUUUACAAUAUCCAAUAUUACCAACAACAGUAUCUAUUCCGAAACCGAAAUGCACAAUUACACUUCCAUGUACAAGACUUCAUAUAUUUGCAUUGGGUCCUCAAAUCCGAAGAAUGUGUAAUCCAAAUAAUCCAACUAAAUUUUGUUCGAAAUUAUCCGAUUAUGAUAAUUUAUGUGAACGUAUUUCUGAACGUCAUCAUUUAACAGGUUUUUAUCGAGCAUUUAUGUCAUCAAGUACACAAUGGUUAGCUAAUUUAUUUGAUGGUGUUUGUAUGAAUGCAAAGAUUACUAAUAUGAAUGAACAAAUUUUAUUUGAUACAUUUGAAGAAAUUUUUGAACGAAAACCACCAAAAAAUGAAAUUUUGGAUGUACAAGGAUUUAAACCACAGUGA